AUGGACUUACCCGACGCCUCUACUGGCAGCAGAAAGUUGGAUGAGGAGCAACGAGCUAAGAACCGACUCAUAGUUAAACGCUGCUAUUAUAAGAAACUGAACACGCUUAGUGAGCUCCGAGAUCAGGUUACGACUUUGGAAGCCGAGUACGAACGCCUUCUAGCGGUGCAUCACGAGCGAGAUGCACAGCCUUCAAGCGAUGCAGACCGAGACGAUACUGAUGCCAAUUUGCACAGAGCAUACGUACAGCUCGCUCAAAUGAAGAGUGCAUUGACUAAGGAGAACGCCGAAUUGAAACGGCUCGAGGCUGAGCACGCGAUGAUGGAGAAGCAGGUCGCACAGUUAACUUCUGUUCACAAUAAGGCUGUGGCUGCAGUUCGACAAGCCCAGGAGGAAAAACGCACCAACCCGAUGAUUGUUGUAAACUCAUUGACGCUAGAGCAGUGCAACAGCAUAGCGAGUACGGCGUAUGAGGAAGUCAUGGCCUUCCGACAGAGCAAAACGUGCUUUACAACGGGAACAAAUAUGUUCGGCUGGAGAGACCGACACAAACUACUCCCUGACAAGCUCAUGUUUUCGCUCGAGAAGAUUUUUCAUGGUCGAACAAUGGAAGAAGUAUCACAAGGCACAUGGCAGGUUCUUUCGCACCCAGCCUCGCUAAUGAGCAUGUACCCGCGCGACGUGAAGUCCCACUUCCACGUUACCCAGCGUCUCGACGACAACACGGUUAUCUACUACCACACCCUGGAGCGUGAAGACUCUGAAGUGCGAGCACGCGCUUUCAUAUUAGUGAUGCUUGUGAACCUUGGUAUUGCGGACCAAUGUAUGCUACUUUACAAAAGCCUCGAUCCUAAGUCGUAUCUACGACAGGAAGGAGAUUUACUGGUUCGCGAUCCUCGUGGACGGAAGAAGGUGGAGCCUCAGAAGGAAAAUGUCUGGAUGGAUUCGUUCAUUUGGGGCUUUUUCGAGCGUACGGGCGAGAACGGAGAACACUGUAAAGAUGAUUUUGGUGGAGUGAUACAGGGCACAGAGCUAGCAACUGCGGGCUGGUGGUGUCUUGAGAUUUUGCAGAUUGCCAUGCGCAUUGAAGCCCAAGUGAUAGGGCCACAGGCUCUCCUAGUGCAGUGA